UAGAACUUUUAUUUUUCUUUAAUUUGAAUAACAAGACUAAAAGUGAUUUCACUCUAAAUAUUUAUAAAUGAUGAAACAGCAAAAACAAUAAAUUUAAUUAUGUUUUAUUUCUAUCAUUAAGUUAAUAGUAAUGUUCAUAUCGAAAUUAAUUUUCUUAAGACCAUCAAUGCUAGGUCGAUACAAACAACAAUCAUGUACUUGCACAACGACCGUAGCAGACGAGGAAAAGGAGAAGGAAUUGGAAAGAAUCGCUCGAAAUGCAUCCAUAGAUGAACCACCAACUGCAUGCUGUCAAUCCGGCUGUGCUAAUUGUGUAUUUAUAGUUUGGGCGGAGGCAUUGACCAGCAAGAUGGAUAAUGCAGGCCCAGAAAUAGCUGAGAAAAUACUGAAACUCGUUGAAGACCCAUCAAUGAAGGCAUACUUGGAGAUGGAGCUAAGAUUGCGAGGUCUAAAGAAACAAUAGAAUAGAAUAGAAAAUCCUUUAUUACUAACUUCAUUUAAGCACUUUUGAAUAGUCAUUAUUCUUUUUUAAUCUACCGCUUAUUCGGUAAGCUGUCUCGUCACAAGAAGAAUGAGCAAGAAACUUGUGUAUUGUUCUUUAAACUAAUAGUUGGAAGUUUACAUUUUUCAAAUUGAAAUGUGUGAAUACAAACUACCAACGGGCACUAAUUUAUUAUUAUUAAAUCAGUUCCUACAGGCAGAACUCAUUCACAACUAUGAUCUAUAAUUGUGUAUGUAUUAAAACUAAAGAAAAUACUUAAUAGAUUAUUUAUUGUUUGGAUACAUUUUUGUAAUUAGUAGUUGGUGUUUGUGUAAUUAUUGUAUAUAUUGAUAUUGAUUCUAUGUACAUAUGAAACAUUAGCAUAGUGUAGAGUAAUUUAAUAUAUAUGUAAAUAUGAAAAAUUGAAAUUAUAAGCAA